AUGAAAUUAUACGCGCUCACAAUUUUGGCUUCGGCCACUGCUACUCAAGACACCACGAGGCUAGCCGCUGAAUUUGAUCUUUCGAGUUUUGGCUUUUUUCAGCGGGGAAGCGUGCAAGAGUUUAUGAAUUUCUUUUCAAAGACCGUUGCCCAACGGACUCAACUUGGACAGAGACAAAGUGUUUCCGAGAAAGAUUAUGUCUUUUAUGCACAUUCACGAGUUGAAGGGGUCACAGGAAUCAUAAUCGCCGACAAAGAGUACCCACAACGAGUUGCUUUCUCAUUAAUAAACAAAUUUCUUGACGAAUUUCUCAUAAAAUAUCCAAAGGACACCUGGAAAGCAGAUCAGAAUCCGUUCCCAGAGUUAAAAACGUAUUUGACGAAAUAUCAGGAUCCGAAACAAGGUGAUCAGAUAAUGAAGGUACAAGAACAGUUGGAUGAAACAAAACAGGUUAUGCAUAAUACUAUUGAGAGUCUUUUACAACGUGGGGAAAGGCUGGAUGAUUUAAUUAAUCGAAGUCAAGAUAUUUCUUUCCAAUCUAAAGCUUUUUACAAGCAAGCUAAAAAAAUAUUUGAAGCGCUUGCGCCCCCCGUUGCUCGGCAUUUAUCAGAUGGUGGUUUAUUUGACGACAAAGCGCAUACACCGAUGUUAUAA